AUGGAGUGCGUAUUCGGAUUGGUUGGAAAUGGGUUCGCGAUCGUGGUGGCGGAUUCAUCGGCGGUGCACAGCAUCCUCGUCCACAAGUCCAACGAGGACAAGAUCAUGCUCCUCGAUUCUCACAAGCUCAUCGCCGCUAGCGGUGAACCCGGAGACAGGGUUCAAUUCACAGAGUACAUUCAGAAGAAUGUUGCCUUGUAUCAGUUCCGUAACGGUAUCCCUCUCACCACAGCCGCUGCCGCCAAUUUCACACGUGGUGAACUUGCCACCGCUCUACGCAAGAACCCAUACUCCGUGAACAUCCUUCUUGCUGGUUAUGACAAGGAGACCGGUCCUGAACUGUAUUAUAUUGACUACAUUGCAACCCUUCACAAGCUUGAAAAGGGGGCUUUUGGUUAUGGCUCCUAUUUUUCGCUCUCGAUGAUGGAUAGACACUAUCACAGUGGAAUGUCUGUUGAAGAAGCAAUUGAUCUCGUUGAUAAGUGCAUUAUGGAAAUCCGAUCCAGGCUGGUUGUUGCACCACCCAACUUUGUUAUUAAAAUUGUUGAUAAGGAUGGUGCAAGGGAGUAUGCAUGGCGUGAAUCGGUCAAGGACACUCCUAUUCCUUCAGCUUGA